GAACGAGUCGGAAAGAUGAAGACAAAUGUUCUAAAUUUGUUUUAUCUGUCUUUUGUGUUUUGUCUCUUUUUUUCUUGUGUGCUUUCUUCCUGUCCUGCUCCACAAAUUGAUGGAAUUUACAAAAAGUUGAUCUUCAAUAUACCUUUGAAAAUUGUCACAAACGACACGUUCAGAGGUUGUGACAAAAGUGUGAACUACAUUAAUAUGGAUGGACUCGGAAUUGAGCAGGUAUCUGGAAAUGCUUUUGAUGACUUUUAUAAUUUGGUAUAUUUAACACUUGCUAAUAAUGACAUAUCUCUGUUGCCUUCUUCGUUACUGGACUACAAACGAGGGAUUGAAUAUUUCAGAAUUGACAACAACCGGCUUGACCGCAUUGAGGAUGGAACGUUCAAACACUUCGAUAACGUUCGAGAAAUACAUCUUCAAAAUAACAGCAUUAGGUAUAUGGGACCAAAUGCCUUUCCCAAAAAUCUUCGACUUCUAGAGCAUGUCAAUGUAUCAUAUAACUCCUUAACAUAUUUUGAACCAUGGCCCUUUAUACCGGAGGCGGAUCCAGGUGAUAAUAUUGAUGUCGUUUUUGACUUCAGGUAUAACUCGAUUUCCGAAUUCCGAAACUCACUGAAUUGGAUAUAUAAUUUGAUUCAACCUUACGAGUAUGCUAUUUAUCUCAGUUUUAACAAUUUUUCAACUUUGACUGCAGAUAUGGUUUAUCUUUACAACCCGAAUUAUACGGGAGAUCCUUUUCCGGAAUUCCUAUCGUUCCGAAUGAACGUGUCGCAAAAUCCAUUUUUCUGCGACUGUAAACUUUAUCCGUUUGUCGAAUUCUUGCACAAUUCUUUGUUUUAUUUCUAUAAAGUAGAAGACUUUCGCUAUCGAUGUGCUGCGCCAUAUUCGCUGGUGGGAAAAGAUUUCUUCCAUGAUGUACCCCUUGAAGACUUUGUUUGUGACGUCACUGAUGAUUGUCCUUCAGGCUGUAUGUGUCAAGAACAGCCAAAUAAUGGAUACCUUCUCGUCAACUGCAGUUUCUCUAAAGAUCAAAAUGGACAACAAAUGAACAAACUUCCUGAUAAACUUCCAAAUCCUCUAUAUGGAAAAAUAUCUUUGCAUUUGGAUGGACACAAUAUUCGAUUAUUGGAGAAUAGGAAUUACCUCCCAAAACUUGUUAAUCUAAUUCUUAGCAAAAACCGUCUCGAAGACGUCAACCAAGAUGCUUUAGAAUCUAUGAACAGCACACAGCAUUUAGAUUUAUCUGAAAAUAAGCUAAAAUAUUUACCAAAGAUUAUUCAGCGUUUUACAAUAGAUAAAGUACGGAUAAAUUCCAAUCAAUUUGAAUGUGAUUGCGACAUGAUCUGGAUGACAGAAUGGAUAAAUUUGGUCCCAAUCGAACCAAAUUAUGACGUAAAAUGUAACAGAGAUGAUGACCUACUUCUCAUACGUCAAAUAACAGCUGAAAAACUUGGAUGCAAAGUUGUACUUGAAAUCGUUGUCGUCAUUGUUGUAUUAGGAAUUGUCAUCGCGAUUAUUAUUGGAGCGGUCGUUACUGCCAGAAGAUGUCCUUAUGAAACCAAGGUCCUACUGUACCGAUUCUUUGGAGUGCAUCCAAUUCCAUGGUGGCCUGAUCCUGAUCCCCACGCGGAAUACGAUAUUUAUAUCUCGCACUAUGAGCAUGACAUACAAGCCAGACAGUGGGUGAGAACUAAGUUUCUUCAGAAACUUGAAGAAAAUCAAAAAAAGAAAUAUAAAGUAUUCUAUUCUGAGAGAGAUCUUAAUAUCGGAGGCGACCUGUUUGAUGACCUAGUUACCAAUAUGAAGAAAAGCAAGAGAAUAGUUUUCCUAUUAACCAAUGAAUUUUUUGACGAUGAGAGAAGUAUUUUCGAGGCUGAUCAAGCAGAAGUGGAACAUCGAUCAAGUGACAACCUGUAUGGUCGUGUGAUUUAUAUUUUAUGGAACAAGGAUAUUAAAAAAAGAUUAAAAUCAGAUCCCUGGAAGUCAAGAGUGGAAGGAAAGCGCGUACUCUGUCCAGAUGACAGAUUCUUUUGGUCCAAGAUGAGAUACGAACUUCCAUUAAAACCUCUUCCAACACCUCAUCCGACAGAUUUUACAGCGAUGUUUGUGUAA